GAGGAUAUAAUAAGUGUGUGAUGAAUAAUAGUGUGGUACCCAGUUGGCUGUGGAGAGCAGAGACGAUAUAAUAAUAGUAAUAAUAAAUGAAAAAAGCGAAAGCUGGGUGAAGAAACAAAGCAAGUUAUUCUGGAAUUUUCCCUCCGAAGAAGAAGAAGAAGAAGAAGAAGAAGAGAAAUUAUGCUGCGGAAACUGGUGACGGUGCCGGGAAAGAAGAAACCGGGCACAGUGCCGGUUUAUCUGAACGUGUACGAUCUUACUCCCAUUAACGGCUAUGCCUAUUGGCUUGGCCUCGGUGUCUAUCACUCUGGUGUUCAAGUUCAUGGAAUUGAAUAUGGUUUCGGUGCGCACGAGCACGAUACGACGGGGAUCUUCGAGGUUCAGCCACGGCACUGCCCUGGCUUCACUUUCAGGAAAUCGAUAUUCAUAGGAACAACGGAUCUGGGCCCCAAAGAUGUUAGGGCUUUCAUGGAGAAGCUUGCUCACCACUACUCUGGCAACACCUACCACCUCAUCUCCAAGAAUUGCAACCACUUUUGCAACGAUGUUUGCCUCAAGUUAACCGGAAAAUCUAUCCCUAGAUGGGUUAAUCGACUUGCUAGACUCGGUCUUCUCUGCAACUGUGUUCUUCCUCCGGGGCUUAACGACACCAAGGUUCGACAAGUUACAUCAGAAAAGGUUCAGGAAGGAGAGAAGAAGAAGAUGAGGAGUCAAUCAAGCAGGUACGAGGGUUCCUCCAAUCCUCCAUCAGUGCCACGAGGUUCGGCGAUUAAAAGUAGUAGCCAAAGACAUUGCCUUCCACCAUCUUCGUCCCUGAUUAGUGCUCCUUCGGGUUCAACCUUAACAGUAAAGUAAAUCGAUUGCAGCACUCAAUUCAAAGUCUCUAUGCCGUGAGGUUCGGUGAUUAAAAGUAGUGGCCAAAGGCAUUGCCUUCCGCCAUCUUCAUCUUUGAUUAGUGCUCCUUCAGGUUCAAUCUUAACAGUAAAGUAAAUCUAUUGCAGCACUCAAUUCUUAAGUCUCUGGAAUAUGUAGGGCUUUAAGGAACUAUGUGAAAUGUGAGCAACCUAGGUUUGAACAGGGUAGGAAAAUUGUUCAUCUUGCUCUCCAUCUUUCUGUUCUGCCAUAGUGGCUAUAGCUACUAUGUAAUGGUUGCUUUGUUUUGUCACUGUUAUUUUUUAAAUGCUUGCUUUCUUCAGUUCAGUGAAUGAAGAGUUCCUUUAUCUCUA